UCAGGUGGUGAACAGUAGAAGGAGGCACGUUCCCUUCUGAAGCACAAGUCUUUGGGUGUAUUUGUAUAUUUUUUAGCUCACAAGUGCCUUACUCUAUGAGAGGGCCAUGUCUGGAGCCAACAGUACCAAUGGAAGUGGAAAGAAAGAGUUGGCUUUCAUUGUUGGUGGGUUCUUUCCUGGUAGAGAAGGCCGUGAGAGGAUGGUUGCUCCGUACGCCAUCGAUAAGGAGCUGAUCGGUGAUCCUGUCUUCUCAGAGUUUGCUAGAGCUGCCUGCCCUUUUAUGAUGCCUGGGAUCUACCCACAAGACCCUGACCUUGCUGUCAGUACUGGGUAUAGAAUGAAAGAGACGGGCCACCAGGCUUUUAAAGAAGGCGAUUACAAGUUGGCCGCCACUAAAUACAACUAUAGUGUCCAGCUGUUUCAGUUUGUGUUGAAGAUAUUUCCGUAUGUUGCACACGAGGUUCUGUUACUUCAUAACAGUCUUUCUGCUUGCUAUUAUAAAAUGAAAGACUAUGAGAAAGCCCUGGCCUCUGCUAACACUUGUAUAGAAUUGGAUAAUAAAGAGAUCAAGGGUUUUUACAGACGUGCCGAGGCCUCUCUAGGUCUUGCUGACGUUGGUUCUUCUGAAGGUAAAGACGUCACUAAGCUUUACGAGGAGGCCUUGGGGGAUUUCUGUAAAUGUUACUACACGAUGACAAUGGAGAGUGAUAAAGGAGCUAGAGUCCAGCAGUUCUGUGAUGCAAUGAUAAUAGCAAUUAAUUUGAAUUUAACUGAAAACCUUCCUGAUUUCCACGAGUUUGACAAAGACUCGUUCUGUGGCCCUCUCAUUCUCUACCUACUCAACAACUACUCGAAAGAGAAGAUUGAGAAAGCGCUUCAAUUCCUCUUCUUCCCCUCUCCGAGUAUAGAAAAGAGUGGCCUAGCGUUUAAGUAUCCUUGCGAUGUCUCCUCUCUCUCUGUGUGUCUCGUGUAUACUCGUGGUGUAUUAACUGAGCCAAUAUUGGACAUGCUAGUACAGUGUAACCUCCAAGUCAAGCAGACUGACGUUGUGCAGUUAGUCUCGGCUCUACAAGAAUCAGAGCUGUCCUUGUUCCAACGUCUUGUCUCAAUAUGUGAAGCUCAGUCCACCACAAGCUGUGAGUCGGCAUUCUCUCAUUUACUCGAUCGGUCCCUCCUCUCAAAGAACCGAACCUUUGCUACUUACUUGAUCUCAAAGGGAGUGACUCCGACACGUCUCUCGUCUGCACUUGCCUUUGAAAUGCUAAUGGAGUUCAACUCAUCCCAAAACGAGGACAUUAUAAAGAUUGCCAAUGCUUGUAGUCCAGACGUUCGGGCGGAGUUUGCCGCCAAGAGUCUCGCCAUGUCAAACCUACAGCUGUUUCAUGAGAUACUCGAUACCGGCCCCUUGCAUUCUUGCUACAUUGACAUCAGUACCUUUAUAUGCUCUCCUCUAAUGAACGAGGAAAUGAAGUACCUCAAUAGGUUUCUUGAUACAGGGGCAUGUCCGAACGGGAUGGUCGGGAGUACCUCGCCUAUGGUUGCCAUAUUCCAGGGUAACACAUUGAAUCGGGAGACUCCAGUUCCACUGAGUCGUGAGACCCAGGUCCUGCUAGUGGUGAUCCUAAUUGAGAGAGGUGCUUCUGUUAUUAACCUCACUGGGGCCUUCCCUGACCCCAUGAGCCCUGUACAUGUGGCUACCAAACUGGUUUUAGAAACAAAGAUCAUGAAGCUCCUCCAUUUAGUCUGUGAGAGGUUUGACUUCCCUUCUAAUGGUAGGAUAGUGGACAAGCACAACAGGACUCCACUCCACAUUGUAAUGAUCACUGAACCAACUCUACUCAGUCUUGAGAUUUUGGAAGUCCUUGUGAAGUAUAACAUUGACAAGAGCAUCAAGGACGAUCAGGGGAAGAGGGCGGAGGAUUACACGAGACCACAGCUGGAUGAGAAGAGAAGAGCACUCGUCUCUGUAAGACCACCGGCUAAAGUAAAGGAGCUCAAAGAUAAAGAAGGAGGAGGAGCAGUGACUGGAGACAAAGGAGGUUUACCUUGGAGGUAUAAAGAGUAUAAUUUUGACGACGAGGACAUCUCAUCCGACGAGGAGACAGGCAGUGGUCGGAGAGGAGGGAGGAAGAAGUGGGAAAUGAGGUACCUCAAAAUGGCCAAGUCGGGCAGGCCACCGUGGAGCUGUGACAUGAGUUUAUUUCCACCAUCAACCUCUUAUGAGAAAGCUCUUGCCAUAGCAAGGGAACAGAAGGAGCGUGGUAACAGUCUCUUUGGAGACAAGAAAUAUUCCGAGGCUCUGCAAAUGUACGGGAAGAGUCACAUGACGUACGACUGGAUAUGUGUCAAUCAUCCUCGUAAACUAUCGGCAGUCAAAGACGACAUAAAAGUCCUCGUCUGUAACAUGGCACUAGGAUACCACAGGAGCUCCGUUCCUGAAGCUUCCGUUGAGUGCUGUAACGAUGCAAUAGAUAUCGACCCCACCUACUACAAGGCAUAUUAUAGACGGGCUGAAGCUUACAAGUAUAUAGCGAAAGAGAGGACACAUCAAACGAGACGGGAUUACAAUUUUGAGUGUUACUGUCUAGCGGUAAAGGACUAUGCUCGGGCGUACAAGUACUCUACUGCCACAAAUGAGACCAGUAAAAGGGCAGACAUGUUUUAUGAGUGUAUGGUAAUAGCACUGGACGUAGAUCACACUAAGUUCCUUCCGUCCAUUCAUGACUGCGAUAAGUCUCAGCUCCUCACUAAAGUGGUUGAGCUCCUCGUCAAGAACAGAGAGAAACAAAGCAAAGAACUCUCCCUCUACCUGGACUAUCUUCUCUUAAAAACCUCUCAUAUACCUAAUGCCGGCCUAGCUCAGUCUUAUCCCUGCUCCUGCUCCUCAGUUCCUUUAGUUCAUGUCCUGCCUAAUGUACAGAUUGACUUGUAUAGGGCGCUACUAAUGAAAGGUUGUACAGUGACUCAGGAUGAUAUUGUGGCUCUGAUACGUGUACUUAAGAAGAGCCAGGGACAGCUUUUAAAGCUUCUACUGGACUCCUUCAUGAAAGACAGAGAUGACAUACAAUCCUCGCUCACUUCAAUUUGUGUUCAGAUACUCAGUACGAAAAAGAUCCCGUUCAUCUCGACCCUCGUUAAAAAUGGGGCCACACCCCCUUCGGAGAGCAUUCUGGAACAUUCCGACUUUUUCAAACUUGACUCUGUCCUCUCCAAAUACGUGUCAAACGCCUGCAAGCCGGAGAGUCGCACUAAGUUAUUUUGUAGUGUCCUUCAGUCUGGGGGUACUAAAGAGAGCAUUGAUGUAUUGCUACAAUCUGGUCCUGUCCUCAUCCAAGAAAUAGACCUCUCGGCCAUUAUCACUUCAAGCCUGCUCCUCCAUCAUACAGAAAUACUCAAGGAGCUUUACUCAAUCACUCCUCCCUCUGACCUCCCUGUCACCUCUUCUGCUUCUAAAGCUCUCAGUGUCCUCUUGGGGUCUAAGCUCCCAUCUCAGCUACAGCAGGCACAGCUUGCUGACUCCCUCAUCAGGCUUGGUGCUAAUAUCAGCGGCCUGCCUCAGGCUUACAGCGAGCCUCUCAGUCCUGUUCAUGCUGCCACUAAACUCGCUUUAGAAACAGGACAUGUUGAUUUAGUUCAUACUGUGUGUACAAGGUAUGCAUUUGAUGGUCAAGUUAAACUGAUUGAUAGGAACACACAGACUCCUCUCCAUUAUGUAAUGAGAUCCAAACACAAUGAGAAAUCCAUCAAAAUUUGUCAGUAUUUGUGUGACUAUCCGAUCGACCCACAGAUUAAGGACAGGUGGGGAAAAGCAGCUCAAGAAUACGGGAAGAAAGAAGGCGAUAAAAGAUUGACCUACCUUCACAGAGCUGCUGUAUUAACCGGCCGCCAUACACCUACACCAGAGGCACCAGAAACUGGAGCUGCUGAAAGUGCUCCUAACAUGAAUGAAAAUGUUGUGAAUGAAGCUAUUAGUAGCAGUAAUCCACCACCCCCACAGAGUGAAGGUGGUAAAGGUCGUAAGAAUAAGAAAAAGAAGAAGAACAAAGGAGGUAAUGCUGCUAGUAGCAGUGAUAAGACCACACACGAUAACAAGAGUGUUCCACUGGUUAACGGUACAGUGGACAAUGGUACAGUGGAUAAUGGGAGAGACUCACCGGUCACUCCGGAAGAGAAAGUACAUGUACAUGUACCAGUAUCGGCCACUGAGGCUUCAGAGACUCAGCCAUCUUGUCCUAGUCUAAAGACGCUUCUUUCUGUCCUGAACGAGAAAGGAAGCGAGUAUUUCACAUUACAGAUAGAUCUGACUGACCCUUCGGAAGACGCUGCUGUUGAUCAACACGAGUCUUCAUUCAGUGGUACUGAUGCCAUCGUCGUGGAGUCUGACUAUAUCACACAAGAAGAUAAGCUCAGUCUAAGCAAUGGAGUAGCAGCGGAUGAGGUUUUUAAAAUUGAUUUUGAUAACCUCCCGUGGGAAGUUGAGGUCACAGAUAGAGUCCUCCUCUUUUUAAAAGACCCAGCCUAUUCUAAGGUUUUAAAAAUCUCCGUGAUAAGUCGACUGCAAGAGCUCGCCAGAGGGUGUCUGAGUGACGGCAAGACUCUCUCAUGCUCCGCCCAGUUGUAUAAAACCAGUCUGACCGGUUUAUCCUGUAUAAUGUGGGAAAAAGCCAUUCAGUUCUCGUCGCGUUGCACGGACAAGACAGAAAGAGAAGAUUCGAGCCAUGUUUACUCGGAGGUCAUCCGUGUAUGGGAUGUUAUUCCAAAUAAAGAGCACCUCACGUGUCUGCAGCAAAUAGAGCGAUCCCACCAGAGAGGCCUUCAGUCUCACCUCUGCUUCCCCUUGUUACCCUCGGAGGAGGACGGGGGACGUUCCCCUCAUUCUCAUUUACCGCGUCACUUCCUUAUCUUUAAAGACCAUAAUCCCGCCCAUGACGACUCUGUUGCCAUGGUAACGUACAUCCCACCCGCCAGAGUGAAAGAGGAUGAGUAUAAUGUUGUCACUUUUUAUUCGCUGACCUCGUCUGUUGUCCAGAGCGUUAUUAACGGGUACCGCCCCCGCAGGGACUUUCCUUUUAAGGAGUGGCCAAAGGAACAUGACAUUAUUCAUCUCCCUAGCAACGGGGAGGCUAUCCUGUUGCUAGGGAGGAGUGGAACGGGUAAGACCACGUGCUGUUUGUAUCGGCUGUGGAACCAGUUCAACAAGUACUGGGAACAGGUUUUUGCUAAUGAGGGUGAUCCUUGCUAUCCGCACAGACCACUCCCUUUGAUGGGCCAGUCCUCCAUUGAACUGAGAGAUAUUGUAGGAGCUGAAGACGAGGGUAUGGGUGGAGACGGAGAGGGUGUGGUUUAUAUCAAUGAGGAAGAGGAUGAGGGAGGUGAAGGUGAAGAUGAAGUCGUCAAAUUUGAGCAUUUGCAUCAGGUGUUCCUUACUAAGAACUACGUUUUGUGUUCGCAAAUGAAGAAGAGGUUUUAUGACAUGGUAGCGUCCUACGACACUUACUCACAGCAUUUAGAAUACGAGGCUCUUCCCUGCCCUCUCUCUCUGAAAGACAUCAACUCUAAAGCUUUUCCACUCUUCCUUACCUCAAGGCAAUUCCUACUCCUCCUUGAUAACUCCCUUGGGGGCAAGACCUUCUUCCCUCGUAACAGAGACGGGUCUCUGGCAGUGAAGAUCUGUAGCUCCGACUAUGAGACUGAAGACCUGGGCACUCUACUGGACCUUGACGUGAGUGAUGGUGAAGAAGAAGAGACGAAUGAAGAGGAUGAGCUAGCUAGGGUUGUUGGUAUAAAGCAGGUUCCUGUGUGGAGAGAGGUCACAUCGUGUUAUUUUGUGAACGAGAUAUGGCCCAAGAUAUGCUCUCAUUGUAGCGACAAGAGUAUCGACCCCCUGCUUGUAUGGAUAGAGAUAAAGUCCUUUAUCAAAGGCUCUCUAUUAGCCGUUAGCAAACCCUCGGGUUGUCUCUCCCCCUGGGAGUAUGAAUCGAUCGGUCGUAAAAUGGCGACUAAUUUCAGUGGAAACAGGACAGAGAUAUACAGUCUCUUUGAGCAUUAUCGUGACUACGUUCAUCGUAAGAGGAGUCUCAAUCUAUUCGAUGAGAACGACCUUAUCAAUAAUAUCUAUCAGAGACUAGUCAAGUUGGAAUCGCCAGAGCUUCCCUGGUCCAUACAUCAUUUCUUUAUUGACGAGGUACAGGAUUUCACUCAGUCGGAACUAGCUCUUAUUCUCCGUCUCUCUCAGGAGCCUAAUGGGCUCUUUCUGACCGGUGACACAGCCCAGAGUAUCAUGAAAGGUAUCUCAUUUCGUUUCAGAGACCUCAGGUCUCUCUUCCAUCUUGCAAAGACUCAGUCUGCGGCCUUACCCUCUCCAAUGCGUAUCUCAGUCCCACGUGUACACGAAUUAUUAAUCAAUUUCCGUUCCCAUUCUGGUAUCCUGAGGCUAGCCACAAGUGUCAUUGAACUACUCAAGGAGUAUUUCCCGAGUUCGUUCGACCGACUACCAGAGGACAGAGGCAUGUUCCCUGGACCCCUCCCUGUCUUCAUCCAGUCCUGUCAUGUGACUGAUCUUGCUGUGUUGCUAAGGAGCAAUAAGAGGGCCUCAUCAUGUAUUGAGUUUGGUGCUCAUCAGGUUAUUAUUGUACAGAAUGAAGAGGCUAAGAAGUCUUUGCCGGACGUGUUGAAAGGUGCUGUUGUACUUACUGUCUUUGAGUCUAAAGGACUUGAAUUUGAUGAUGUAUUACUCUACAACUUUUUCACUGAUUCAUCUAUCACUAAAGAGUGGAGGGUAGUAUCGACCUAUGCUGACAAGACUGCGCCCCCUUCAGACUCCAAGACCAAACCACGCCCACUCAAUUUCAACGAGAGAUUCCACAAGUCUCUCAACUCGGAAUUCAAAUACUUAUACACUGCAAUAACACGUGCCAAGUGCAACCUCUGGAUCUACGAC